AUGAUUUGCCAAGAUUACUUGACAGGGGCCCAUUCCAUGGAUAUUCCCCAGGAAACUAUGGAUAGAGAGGUGCAGGCUAUUCUCGAUAAGAUCCAGGCCAAUCCGAGCUUCAACCCGGACCAACUGUUUGAUCCAGCCAAACAUCUGGCUUGGAAAGACGAGUACUACGACGAAAUCAAGAAGUUCACGCUGCAGGAACUGGGCAUCACCAAGACCCAUACCAAACCGAUCAAUAAUUUCGGUGCUACCUAUCCAUUUCCGUUACUCACAGAAGAGGCCAUAGAUAUCAUGAAAUGGGAAGCGUUCCAGCCUAAGGUGGUCAAGAAGUACGCCAGGCUCACUAACCCGGAUUUCAGUCUCAAAACUAACCGCCACGACUUCCACAUAGCAGGAUAUCCCGAGGAAGGCCAUGCUCCGUUCACUAAGUCUGUGUACGACCAUCCACGGCUGAAAGAGAUAUUUUCCAAGCUGAUUGGCAUGGAAGUUACCACCACGUACGGCUACGAUGUGAAUCAUGUGAACGUGGCCCUUGCCGACUUUGAUCUCCCAAAAGACGCCCCGUUGUACGAGCCGUCCAAGGACGAGAACGGAAACACCGUUUUUAAGGCAGAGGAAACAGGCUCUAUUCUGGGCCAGCACUACGAUUCGACCUCAAUUGCGUGUGUGGUGAUGUGGGAGUGUCCCCAGGACAAGGGUGGAGAAACGGUGAUCAUCACGGGCGAUGAGAAACCGCUGGUAAUUCCAAACAUUGCUCGUCCCGGUUAUUGUACCUUGCUACAGGCCAGAGUUAUUAGACACAUUGCCACCAAGCCAAACACUAACUCAAAUAGAAUCGCUACUGUGGCCGGAUACUAUCCUGCUGCGCCUGUGCUGGACAACAGCUGCCUGACGAGCGUGCGUCCAAGCAUCCUGCCCCGUUCCGUGCACGACGAGUUCUACACGGAAUGGUUUGAUUUCCGGUUCCACCAGUUGGAAAGAGUGCUAGCAGAUAAGCGCAAAAAGCUGUGGCAGGCCUACAAACAGGGCAAGACGUUUGACCAGAAGGACGUUAUCGAGUUCAGCAAGGAGUGCCAGGAGUACCUUGUUGAGAGCUGGCGUGAGAUGGAGUUUGCUACCAACGCUCCUUACCCCCCACCACUUUUUUCGAAACCGUACUCUGAGUUAUCUUAUAAUGUGGAGGGAAACUGA